ACAAAGUUUAACAUAUCAUGACGUUAUUAUCCAGCGUGUCGCCAAUCCUGAAAGAUUGUAAGAGAUGUGCAUGCAGCAUGGAUAACAUUUGAAAACUGUCCUUAAAAAGAACAGGUGAACACGGCUCAUCAUGGAUUUUAAUGAGAGACGAAGGGUGUUUGAAGAGGGAGGAGGCAACGCUCCGGUUCCUAAAGAGGCACAUGGUAAUAGAAAGGCCGGUGCCAACGCUGUAAAUGUAAAACUUGCAGACAAGUACAAACUAUCAUUGUUCGAGAGACCAUUACCACUUAUCGUCAAAUACGAUGAUGGUGAAGGUAACGCACUGUCUUACAACUAUGAUACCCUCGAGGAACUUAGCCAAAUUGAGGAGCCAUUAUGUGUCAUAGCUGUAGCUGGAUGUCUGAGGACUGGAAAAUCGUUCCUUCUUAGUCGCCUUGUACAGAAGUGCGGCCUUCCAGGAAAGGCUUUCACUGUUGGGCACUCAGCCAACGCACAGACGCAAGGAAUAUGGAUAAUGUGCAGACCUCAUCCUACUCAGGAAGGGAAGGUCAUUGUUUUUCUCGAUACGGAGGGCAUAGAUGAUCCAGAGAAGGUUGAAAUUCAAGAAGACACUUGGAUAUUCCUUAUUGCAACGCUUCUUUGUAAUGCACUUGUUUACAACACAAAAGGGGUCUUUGAUGCAUCACACAUCAGCAAAUUUAGAUUUCUGAAGGUGGUUCAUUCUAACGUGACGGUUGCAAGAGAUGCAAGUGAGGACGACAGUUUUCUCGAUUUCUUCUUUCCAAAUUUCGUUCUCGUUUUACGAGAUUACAAUCUAAAUGCUGAUACAUCUGCUGAUAAACUCCUUGAAAAACGUCUAGUGUACAAGACUGGGGAAUCGGACAUUGUAAGGGAUUUCAACGAACCAAGGCAACUUAUUCGAAGAUAUUUCAAGAAUAGGAAAUGCUUCGCCAUCCCUAUCCCAUGCGCAAAGCCCGAAAGUCUAGAUUCAAUGCCGGAUUUUAAGAUUGAGUCAGGGUUUUUGCAACGUUUAAACGACUUGCACCAAUACCUUUGCCAAUGUAGCCCGAUGAAACUUAAAUCAGGAAAGCCUGUAAACGGAAGAAUGCUGAAAACGAUGAUUAUAUGCUACAUCAAUUCCGUGAAGAAAAACAUGGCACCGUGUUUAAACGAUGCUAUGAAAAAGAUGGCUGAGGAGGAAAAUCAGUUUGCAGUGUUUAAAGCGUCGGAAUGCUACAAAGAAGAGAUGAAAAAUAGGAUAAACAAAAGCAUGCCAAAUGAGAGAGGGCUUGAGAAAUAUCACACUGAUUGCAUGGACGAAGCUAUGAAGAUAUUAAAGGAUAUUGUUGUUGUUGUUGAUGAUGGAGAUAUAUUUCACAGAAAAGCAGCCGAAUGUUUCGAAGAUAAUUUGAAACGAUUCAAGUCAUAUGUAGAGAGAGACUCCCUUGACAGGUGUAGAAGGUCUUUAAAACAGCUAGACAUGAAAAUUCAACAGAAUAUCAGAGAGAAGAAGUAUGCUCAUGUGCGUGGUUACAGCGAAUAUAUGGAAGACAUUAACACGCUUGCUGAUAAAUUCACAGAGCAAGAAUGUUACCUUGGACCAAAGACCAAAGCUGCCUUGCAGGAAUAUAUGGAUACAAAGGUCGAAGAAGAGCAACUUGUUUACGAAAUGGUAAAGGACAAACUUGAUGCUGAAUCAGAAUGUCAGUUGCAUCGCCUUUCAUCUAGUUCAGUCCCGAUGCCAAGGAAGUUUGCAGAUGUUACAGAAGGGGAACAGUCAGUUGAAAAGAAGGCACUGGAGUCAUUCGAAAAGUUAGAAAGUGAUGGACGAAAGAAUAUUGGAUCACUAUAUCUUGAGAACCUGAAAAUGAAGACACAAGAAAUAGAGCAGACUAAAGCAGAAUUAUCAGAAGACGACGCAUACUAUAAGAAACUUGUAGCAGAGUGCGACAUCUGGGAUAAUAUUUACAAACAGGCGAAAUUCGCGAAAAAUUAGAAAUUGAUCCCCUCGGAGGAUAUACCGUUCAACCCUCGAGAGGCUGAACGGCAAGAAAGUAAAAAUAAGGAAAACGGAUUGAAAAAACAACCUGCAAAUCCAGAAUGUCAAAUAAUUUAAAAACACAAGACACUCAGGAAUAUAUCAUAAUCAUAUAUCUCAAGGAUAUGAAUAUGUUUCACAAACAAAUGUUGACACUAAUAUUUCUUCUUAAACUAAAUACGGCUUUAAAAAACAAAAGUAUAUACUUGAUACAUUUUAGAACUAUUUAGAGUGAUGCUAAAACUAUUUGACAAAACAGUCGACUUUGGGUGCACGUAUUACUUUCCAAUGUGCGUAAAUUUAUAAAGGUAUAUUUCUUAUCCAGUACGUUAUAUUUGUGACACUUGUAAGCAUUAUAUACAUGCUUUUUAAUGUUUAAAAGAAUGUUUUUAAGUCUUUAAAUGAUUGCGUGAAUUUGUAUUGUGUUUCAAUUUCAAUGAAAGUUGGUAACAAUGUGCCAUAUAUUUAUUAUAUUUUAAAUAUGAGGUUAUUUUUGUAGGAAAACGUACAAAAUUGUAUGUUUUUUUAGCAAAAUGGUAUGCGCUUAUUUGUGUGCAUGUUUAGCAAAUGGAAGUCUGCAAAACAGUAGGUACCAAAAAUGUGUGUUUUUGUAGCAAACACAACGGUACGUGUGCGAAAACGAUAUGCUUUUUAAUAGCAAAAUGGUGAAUGGGCAAAACGGUAUGUUUAUUUGUCGCAAAAUAAUGUGCGUUUUCUUGCAAUACGGUAGUGGAUAAUGAUAUUCUACAGUCCUGAUCUUUGAACAUGUAUUGUCUGCUUGCUGUACUCAGAUAUAUGAUAGUUUAUUAUCCUUCUUUCUUUCUUGUUUGCCAACAUUUGCUUUUCUUCAAGAAAAUUUAAAACAUGAUAUAAAUAAAUGUUUUUAUUUUUUUAUUUUUACGAACUGUCCUUUCGUAAACAAAUGUAAAAUGAUGCAUAAAUGCAAU